ACCUAAUUGCGUUGAUUUGAGUCAAUUGUUCUAAUAGUGUUUCUAUUCAGCUCUCAUAAUUCACCCAAAUGACAGAAGCAUCUGGCCCGUUGCCUCUUGCGACAUUUAUAGAGGCUAUCAAGGAUGCACCAACUGAUUUUCUUCAAGAAUCCCAGCCAGAACUCAGAAGAUCCAUUGCUUUUUUGAUUCGUACCAACAACGAGCUUUUGGAGGAAAUCGAGUCGUUAAGUGCAAAAUUGAUAUCCCCAGAUCCUAAGGAAAGUCAGAGUGAGUUGGAGGAGACUUACAAACUCUACAGUCUUACUAUUGUUGAAAACAGGGAAGUUAUCAAAAAUAAAAGAGAAAAGUAUAUAGCCUUGAACGACGAGUUGGUAUCGAGAGGACAACUAAAUCCCGAGGAUAAAGUCAAGGAUGAAAAGAAUUUCUUUGGAAGCUUAGAUGAUAUGGAAAACAAGGCCUCAGUCGAAUUGGUGCCGACAAUAAAGAAAGACAAAAGAGACAACGAAAAGGAAGACAAUACAGAGACAAAAGACGGUGGAGAUAAUAAUACAAAUGAAGAGGGUGUCUAUUUAUAAGCUAGUCAUUAAUGGUAUAUACAAUUAAAAAAUGUUAGGAAAGGAAUAAAAACAUAAUG